AAGACGAAAAUGUCUGAGAUGUGCCGAGGGCUGAUGAAUUGGGAUUGACAUUGAUAUACCAAGUGGCCUCCAAUAUCAGGAUGAAGUGUGGUGUUAUGGGUACAUGCAUGACCAUAGCAACAUACAGAUCCUGUAUGAGAGCAUGCACAUCCAAGAACACAUUUCUACUGCUAGUUGUCUUGACAACCGUUCUGAUGUCAUACACAAUCUUACAACUAAACCAAGGAAUAGCAAGCUCAAACAUUCUACGGUCUAAUGGGACAUAUCUACAAAGCUGGCAACUCCCUGUGCACAAGCCAGUGUUAAUCCACAAAAGCUGUGGAAAGGAAAGUAAUGCACCCAUUGCAACAAGCAGAAUUCAAAGGGGUUUUCCUACAUCAUGUUGCGCGGUUCAGAAUAUCGCUUACAUAAAGACAUUGAAAACGGGCUCGACGACCAUAAUGUCAAUAAUCAAUAGAUAUGGAUUCUUUCAUAAUUUGUCUUUCAUUUUGAAUCGACAGUCGUCAACAAAUGGCCAUUUCUACCACCUCCCGUUCACGGAGAAAACGGCGGAAACACAUUUCUUGCCUCCUAUCCACGUGGCUGAGAAUGAUUAUCCAAACUAUAAAAACUACAAUAUGAUGGCGGUCCAUGUUCGUUAUCAGCGGCCUGUAAUGGAUAGGUUCUUUGCACAAGGUACAAAAUACAUGACAAUUAUUCGUGAUCCUGGUGUGCAGUGGGAAAGUGCUUUUAAUCAUUUCCAAUUCCAUGAUGCAAUUCUAGUUAACAUAACCGUCAAGUCAAAUCCAAGUGCAAUGAACAAUGAAACGAGUACCUUGGGUAACUCCACGUUUCGUAGCCGAAAUCCCAGAUUCAAAGGAUGUCGAAAAGAGCUCAUGAAGACAUCGCAAAAAGGCUCAUCCAUAAACCAGACCAAUUGUACGAUUUUUGAGCUUAUAGAAGAGUUUAUGUCGCGACCGAAAUUCUACCAGGAUCGUUUGCUUUUCUUGCCUUGGGAACAUGAAAUUGGAAAGAGAUGGGCAUACUCUAGGAACAACCAGAUUUACGAUCUUGGUUUGGACCCUCAAUACCACGAAAAUACGACCGCAGUGAAAGAAUGGAUACAAAAACUUCAGGACGAGUUAAGCAUGGUCCUUAUCAAUGAAUACUUUGACGAAUCGCUUUUGAUAAUGCGCAAGCUCUUCUGUUGGAGCUUCCAAGACAUUGCAUACAUCGCCAAGAAUAUCCGGAUCAAGGAUACGCGUCCAAGCAUGAAAGAUUCUCUAAGAGAUAGAAUACGCGAGUGGAACGCCGCGGAUAUGCUCUUGUAUCAAUCCUUUAACCGCACGCUUUGGUACCGUAUUGACAACUACGGACCAGGCUUUGAAACCGAUCUUACUUACUUCAGGAAUCUUCUGGAAUCGUUAUUGCAGAACUGCACACAGGAAACAGAAUCGACAAAGUGGGACAAGGAUCAUCUCUUUGGCCACCAGGAGCGCGUGCCGCGCAAGAAUGCUUCGUUGUUCUGCCGAACGCUUGCUGAAUCUAAACGUGAAUUACAUAUGAGAGUUUAUUGUAGGCAAGACGUCAAUAGAAGUACGGCAGCAUGUAAAGUACGUAAGAAGCGAGUGAAAGUUGGCAAAGCCAAAGCAAAUCGCACGAAUCUAUCAACGAAGAAGAAGAAGGGUAAAAGGAGGAUUUCCGUCAUUUCCAAGAAAAAAAUUCAAGCAAGUCACUGAAAAGAGACAAUAAAAUCAUGUAGUAGGGCCAUGAUAAAAUGAACCAUCGUGGUGAUACUUUGGAAAAUUUGCCACACCUGAUCUUUCGGCUUUAUACUAUCUGCGUUCAUAUUUUAUAAGACAAGGAAGAGCUUUCAUCUUGGUGUCCAAUGUCUUGUAGUCACCUUGACAGUCUGAGGGCGCUUUUCUCAAGAUGGCUUCCGAAUUCAUCAAUGUAUAAUGAUUAAUUACAGCAUUCCCUCCAUGUAAUCACAUUAAAAGAUCGGGGUCAUUAGUAUGCUUCAAAUGAAAUAUAAAUCAACAAAACAGGAAUAUCAACGAUUUGAUCAAAACUGCAAUUUGUCGAGAUGGCGUCAGCAUAAUUGCCAGCUCUACCACUCUUAAAGAUAAAUUCCAGUUUUGGUAACGAUCUCAAAAUGACUUUUUACAGAAUCCAAUAUAAUG